CCAGCUCCUAUUACCAUUGCGAUUACGGAGACGUCGCUGUCGUCCUCUCCGACCCGGCGUCAUCGUCGCAGUGAGGAAGAAGAGGGGGGGAGGGGUUGCAUCGAGCGAUUCAUAGCGGAAGAUUGGCUUAAAAGAACCGAAUUUGUGUGGCUAGAAGGGUUUCUUGUUUCGCUCUGCUCGAUCCCGUCAGUGGAUUGGUGGCCCUUCUCCUCCUCCCGGCAUGCAGAGCCAGCUAGUGUGCAAUGGAUGCCGGACCAUUCUUCUUUACCCCCGAGGAGCCACUAAUGUACGUUGUGCAAUAUGCAACACUAUGACGCCAACUCUCCCUGCAGGGAUUGACAUGGCUCAGCAAAUGGAAAUGGCACAGAUAAUUUGUUAUGGUUGCCGAACAUUGUUGAUGUAUACUAGUGGUGCAACUAAUGUAAGAUGCUCUUGCUGUGGCACAAUCAAUAUGGCAAGACCAGCAAAUCAGAAUGCUUACCUAAACUGUGGCCAGUGCCAUACAACUUUGAUCUAUCCUUGUGGGGCACCAUCAGUCAAAUGCGCAAUAUGCCAUUUUGUGACAAAUGCUGGGACUAUGAGAGUACCGAUUCCAGAGGCACAGAGGCCUAAUGAGACUAUACCCAUGAGACCAUCAACAUCUGCUCCUCCCUCUGAAGCCCAAAACAUGACAGUAGUUGUCGAGAAUCCUAUGUCAGUAAAUCAAAGUGGUAAACUGGUGAGUAAUGUUGUGGUCGGAGUCACUACCGGGAAGAAGUGAUUUGUGCUGGUCUCAGAUAUCAGCUUGAAUGGCAUUUAUUAUUGUAAAAAGCUAUAUUGGCCAAGUGUGCUGGACUCAUUAAUAGUUUGAAUGAUUUGUUCUCCAUAAAUAAUGGUCACAAAAACGUUAAAGUUUGUUGUCUUUGACAUUCACAAAGUGGCUGCAAUGGACUGUAAAUUUGUGGUGAGCUGUAUGAUAUACACAUGACAUCGAACAAGCAACAUGUCAUUGCAUUCAUGUGGAUCAGGUUCAUAUUGUUCAUUGUCCAAA